CGCACUGUCUCACUUCCUGGUCCAAACUACGAAGAGGACUGGAGACCUUCAGUCAUUCAGUAAAGCUAAUGAACAACAGCCACCAUAGUAAUGGCUAUUGACUCGGAACCAAGUGGUUCAUUACCCGUUACUGGAAUAGUGAUAGCAGUAGUAUCAAGUUUCAUCAAUGGGUCGACAUUUGUGCUUCAAAAAAAGGGAAUAUUACGCUCCCGCGACAAAGGAAGGUCGUACCUCAAAGAUGUGGUGUGGUGGAGUGGCACAUUGUCCAUGAUUGUUGGUCAAACUGGGAAUUUCCUGGCGUACAAUGUGGCCCCUGCUGUGAUAGUUACACCACUUGGAGCCCUUGGAGUGUUAUUUGGGGCUGUGCUGGGUUCUUGGAUCUUGAAGGAGCAUCUAAAUAUCCUGGGAAAGCUUGGCUGUGUAUUAUGUUGCUGUGGCUCUGUUGUGCUUAUAAGUCAUGCCCCUAAAGCAGGGGCUGUAACAUCGAGACUGGAGUUGGAGGAGAGGCUAUCGGAUCCAGUGUUUGUAAUGUAUGCCCUCUUGGUGGUCCUUCUGCUGGUCAUACUAAUUGUAUGGAUUGCUCCAGUUCACGGCACAUCAAACAUCAUGGUGUAUGUCGCCAUAUGUUCCCUCUUGGGAAGCUUCACUGUUCCAAGCAGCAAAGGACUUGGCCUGGUUUCACAGGACGUCUUUGGAGAGGGGCCCCCGAGCAGCAGAGCACUGGCUCUGUUCCUGGGCUUGCUCGGGACGCUGGCAGUCAGCAUCCUGAUACAGUUCUUCUUCAUCAGCAAGGCCUUGGAGUGUUUCAGCUCCAACAUGUUUGACGCCAUAUACUAUGUGACGUUCACAUCUACCGUCAUUCUUGCCUCUGCUCUUCUCUUCAAGGAGUGGACAGCACUAACGUUAGCUGACAGCCUAGCCAUGCUUUGUGGUCUGACAACUGUGUGUGUCGGGGUAAUUUUGCUCCGCAUUUCCCAAGAGGCUUUGAUCAUUUGGAAGAAGAAGACAGACUGAUGGAGAUGCCUUCAUAUUUACAUGACUUUUGUGCCAUACUGUAUUUCUUAUAACACAGUCUAUACUUGAGUUAUACCAAUUCCAGUUUAAAUGGCCAAAGCUACAGUGUAUUUAUAACUACUUUGACUUAACAUUUUACUCCUUGUAGUUUCUUAUGGAACAGUUAUUUGUUACCAUGUAACCCAGAAAUAUCACCCUAGGUUCUUUAGAUAUUGAUUCCUUCUUUAAUUCCAUUAAUACUCACUAAUGCUACUGAUCAUCAUCGUGAGACACUUCACCUCACAGCUUAUGGCCUAGGGAACAGCUCAUUUGUCAACUGAAUUUUUUUUUUACUUCAAAUAAUUACAAAGAGGCUUACAAAACAUUUGUUAAUUGAUUAAAAAUUAACAGAAAAUAAUUGUUUUUACUUCCAUCUGGAGUGUUGACCUCAGGGCUCUAAUGGACCCUUGAAUGUUCUCGCUUUCUCCCACUGCUAGACUGUUUCAGUGUAGAAUCGCCUUCACUUUGACUUAUUCAGUGUGCCUGUUAAUUAUUCAGUGAAAUUUCAGAGGAAGUCUCUUUAGUGCAGCGGUUAUAUAGAAGAUAAGUGUCAACAAGGACUCAAUGGUUUGUCUAAUGGGGAAAUUUGUAAAGCUGAUGUACCAAAUAUGAACUUUACUUAAAUAUCAUGGUAACUUGGCAUGUAUUUGUCGCACCAUGAGAGGACCAUGAACGAUACACUAUCUUUACAAGCUAUGUGAGUCAUUUUCUUUGAUAAGGGUUUGGUUUUUUUGCCUAAUUUAAAAAGUAUUAAACUAAAUCAAAGUAGUUACAUAUCACAAUUACCUGUAAAAUAUCUUGGCUUUGCCUUUCAUACAAUUACUGUUUAGAGAUAUUGAAUACACUUUAAGGUUUUUGGAGAGCGUGUAGAAACUAAACCAAACACCUUUGGGCAAUUAGAAAACAGAUUUAUAAUAAACCAUUCAGUCAAUUCGUUCACGCUGUCAAUAAACUAAUAUGUUUAAUUUCCCUCA